AUGGCUCUUGCAGCUCGAAAAAAGCUGAUGCCAAAAUCAGCGAUUUUGGUGAAAAAAUACCAACGGCCAAUUCGGUUUGGGUUCAUCAGUUUUGUGACGUUGCUAUGCAUCGUUUUCCUUCUUCAUACACCACCGCAGCACAUUCAAAAGACGGGCAACGAUUUCACACGGGUAUCAAAUAACUUGGUUCCCAUCGACCCACAAACUUUGGCUAAACCGCAUGCAGACAAAGUUCAGAAGGUGAGGUAUCCGGACAAUGACGGAACACGCGAAAAAGCUGCGUUUGUUACUCUAGCAAGAAAUUCGGAUCUGUGGGAUCUUGUGUCCUCCAUAAGGCACGUAGAAGACAGAUUCAAUCGAAGAUUCCAUUACGAUUGGGUGUUUUUGAAUGAUAAACCGUUCGAUGAAGAAUUCAUACGCGUUACUUCGGCGCUUGUUUCGGGAACGACAAAAUACGGGAUCAUUCCCAAAGAGCAUUGGUCUGUUCCAGACUGGAUUGACGAGGAAAAAGCUAGAGUGGCGCGCGAAGAUAUGGUAGCCAAAAAAGUCAUUUAUGGCGAAUCGGUUCCUUACCGCCAUAUGUGCAGAUUUGAAUCCGGCUUUUUCUUCCAACACGAGCUGAUGAAAGACUACGAGUAUUACUGGCGUGUGGAACCUGAAAUUAGCUUCUUCUGUGACAUCCAUUACGACGUGUUCAAGUUCAUGAAACUCAACAAGAAAAAGUACGGGUUUAUCUUGUCGCUGACCGAGUACGAAGAAACAAUCCCCACACUUUGGAAGACCACCAAACAGUUCAUGAAAGAGCACCCCCAGCAUAUUGCCAAGAAUAAUCUCAUGGAGUUCAUUUCGGAUGACAACGGAGACAACUACAAUGGGUGUCAUUUUUGGUCCAAUUUCGAAAUUGGAUCUCUAGACUUUUGGCGGUCGGAGGCUUACCAGGACUAUUUCAAGCAUCUCGACAAAGAAGGUGGGUUUUUCUAUGAACGCUGGGGCGACGCUCCUAUUCAUUCCAUUGCCGCUGCACUGUUUCUUGACAAAAGCGAGCUUCACUUUUUUGACGGCAUUGGUUACAAUCACCCAGGCUUCACUUCCUGUCCUGCAGAAGAAAACAUAAGGGUUCAAAACCAAUGUGCCUGCGACCCUUCUGAUGACACUACUUGGAUGGACUAUUUCGUGUGCACCAGAAAGUAUUUCGAUGCUCAGAAGUUGUCACUUCCACCAGGCGUGAAAGAAAUUUGA